AUGGGUCGUACUAACUGCGGAAUCUGUACGGAACUUCUACAACGUGAUCAACCCACAACAUGCUGCCCCAAAUGCAACAACCUUUUCCACUCUUCCUGUGUCAAUGAUACUUCAAAUAAUUCACAAUGGAUCUGUAACGAUUGUACUUCCCUCCCCAGUCAAACAAGUACCGACGACAAGUUCAACCUCAUUUUGCAAGAAUUAAAAUCUAUCAAAUCUAACCAAUCCAAAUCAGACGAAGCUCUAAAGGUUAUCUCUUCCUCGGUUAAAGCGUUAAACGAUAGAGUCUCGGGGCAAGCUAAAACUAUGACGUCACUUAGUCAAGCGAUGAACACCUUAAACGGAAAUUUAAAUACUGUAACCAGCGAUGUAAAGUCGCAAGGUGCAAUUAUUGGAGGAUUAAAUACAAGAAUCGCUGCAGUAGAAAAAAGCUUGUCCGAAACCGUGCAUUGUCCACCACCUACUACUACUCCUCUUGCUCUGAAUGACAUUACUCAUGAAAUCCAGCUACGAUCCCGUUGUGCUGUUCACAUCAUUAUUCGUGGUGUACCUGAGUCAUCUGUCAAUACAUCUGCCUCUUCCUCCUCAGCAGACAAAACAUUUGUCAAAGAAAUGUUGGAUAAACUUGAGCCCAAACUGCCUGAAACGGUAAUUCGCAAAGUUUUUAGGGUUGGAAAGAUUAUCAAUGACAAACCACGACUAUUAAAAGUAGAACUCACCUCUCAGGAGGAGGUGAACCAUGUAGUAAUAUCCUUUCUACGUCUUCGCUCCAACAUUCCUGACGGGUAUUCCCAGGUAUCUAUCACCAGGGAUCGCACACCCUCCGAAAGACGUUCAAUUUAUGAAGUACAUCAGGAACUACGUGAUAGACAAGAAAAGGGUGAAUCCAACAUCUCAAUCCGUUACUUCAAUGGAUUACCCAAGAUUGUUCCAGCCAGGACCAACAUAUCACACCAGUCAAAAAACUCAGAGAAGUAG